UUCGGGCGAAAACGGCAACGUCAACACAGCACAACCACAACAAACCAUUAUUGGUUCCCGAGAAAACACGUGCGGAACCGUUGUGUGAUUGUUAUUUAUCGAAACAGAACAAUGAACAAACAGAAGCGCAAAGCCCGCGCCAGCCUACCACCAGCGGCAAAUGGCAACGAUUCCGAUGGUUCGGACUACGAAGUGGAAUGGCAAGUGAAGCCCACGCCGCCAAAGAUCAACAAAGCCGAACUGUAUCCGUUGCCGCCGCAGGUUACCAAAAAUCUACAAAAGCCGGCACGCGGUGCCCGGAAAGCUUCCAUCUCCUCGGAGGAGGAUAACGAUGAUGGAACCGGACAAGGUCUGCCGACACUAACCACCGAACAGAUUUCCGGCAUCCUGGAAACGAUAAAGAACAACAAACGGUUUGUACUGAUCGUGAAGAACGUAAAUUUCUCCACCACCAAGGAAGAGAUUUGGGAACACUUUGAUCAAGCCGGCCGUGUGAAGGGUGUCCGCAUACCGAAGCAUCGUUCGUCCGGGUUCGCGUUUGUGGAGAUGGAAAAUGCCGAUGGGUUUCAGAAAGCUUUUCUGCUCGAUGGUUCCUUUAUCGAUGGAAGGAAAAUCAGCGUAAACCUAUCGGAGAGUGGUAACAAAAAGUCCGCUACCCGUAUCCAGCUGCUCGAGAAGAAGAAUGCCGAAAUAAUGAAGCUGCGCAAGAAAAAUAGGAGAAACGUUGAGGCCGCAGAAAUAACGCUCGUGCCCGAUGCGAGUUUGCUGGAGAAGAAAGUGCCUCCACCGGACAAAUACCUCGACAAACCGAAACGGAAGCAACCGACGAAAAAGGAGCGCAAGGAGCUGAAGCAAAAGACUUCGCUGCGAGCCAAGUUUAAGAAUUUAGAAAAGAAAGGAAUAAAGGCAUAAAGAGAUGUCAGGAUAAGA